UUUUAAAGUAAAUAUGGGAAUUCAUGGUCUUUGGCCUUUGUUGAAAGUGACUUCCACUCCGAUAACUCUUGAGGAAUUAGAAGGAAAACGUCUUGCAAUAGAUAUUUCAUUAUGGAUUCAUCAAGCUCAAUGCUUUGACAUUGAUAAACAAUCUAGCAAACCACACUUGACUAUUUUAAUAAAUCGGAUUGCAAAACUAUUAUUUUAUAAAAUCAGGCCUGUUUUCGUAUUUGAUGGAGAUAAUUUACCUAGAUUCAAGAAGCAAAUUUUGCGUGACCGCAUGUUGAAAUCUCAUUUGCAAGAAUUUAAUAUAAAUAGGGGGCAGAAACGAAUUUUUGAGCGUGUGGCAAAUGGCCAGUUAAAUUCAGACAAAGCUGAAAAUGUUCCAAUUAAAAAUCAUAAAAUUGGGAAUCGUGGAAACACAACAACACCUGACUAUUGCAAUAUUCCUUCAACAUCCAACUUCAAUUCACUCUCGAAUGAUUCGGAUAGUGAUAUCUCUUCUGACAAUUUUGUUAAUGAUAGCGGGAUUUACAGUUCAAAAAUUGAUGCACAAAUUUCUAGAUUGGAAGAGCAUCGCGAACAAGAACGUAAUACUCUAUUAAAACAAUCGGAUAUUCCAGAUGAUGCAAAACAAUUUAGUAAUUUUCAAUUACAACGUCUUUUACAAAGAAAUCAAACUAAUUCUGAUCUAAAAAAAUUAAAAGAGGAAAGAGUGCGCAACAUUGUUGAUAUUUCUCAAAAUGAUUAUAAUGGGAUUAAAGUUAUUAUAGCUGAUAAAUUUCAACAAGUACAUGUUUUGCCGCCUACCGAUGGAUUUGAGGACAAUAUUUUAAAAUCUACAUUUUAUGAAAAUUCUGAUACUGGACAUAAAUGCGGAGUUACCUCACAAUCAGCUUCAAUAAGUAGUGACAAUAACUCUGAUGAUUUUAUUGAUGUUUCCGAUCCAGAAUCAGGCCCGUAG